AUGAGACGUUUAUCCGAGAUGAUAUCUGAUUGGGAACGACCGUCAAGAAGUUCGAUCAGUAACAUGUAUCUUUAUGCGAGAAGAGAAAGCGUCUACAUUGCAAGGAAGAAGUUGGCCGGUCUGAAAGACUGGGCGCUGGACCUGUUAGCAAAACUGAAAUCCAAGCAGGGAAUGGCGAUUCGUCGAGAGACUCGUGCAACCAAGUUGGUUGCAACUGUAAUGGUGGUUUUUCUCGUCUGCUGGCUUCCGUUUUUCACAUUGAACAUGAUCAAAAUUUACAAAUUGAUAUUCAACGUUUGGUCAGCGGACCUCGAAAUUUGGUUCCAUUGGUUUACCGCACUGGGGUAUUUGAAUUCGUCACUCAACUUUUUCAUUUACUCAACAAUCAAUCCAAAAUUCCGUCAUUCAUUCCGCCGCUUACUUGGCUUCCGUCGAUCUUCUCGACGUCAGAGAGAAAAAUCGUGGAUGUUACCGCCACGAGAUAGCAGCAGAGGUCCUGCAAAAUGUGGAUGCGGUUUCCAUAAAAUCGUGAAAAGCCCUCUGCGCAAAACGAGCUCAGCUGGUUCUGACACUUCAAGUUCCGGUCAAUCGUUCAGAAACAAAAUAUUCAAAAGACCAAUGAACAACAGAAAAAUUUCCAUGCAAAAACCAGAAAUCGUCAUUGACGAAAUUUCACCGAAUCGAAUUUCAAUCUCCGCCGGAGGAAACACAACUUUUAGGCGAUCUUCGGAUGAUUGUAUUCGUAGAUCAUCUUCUGAAAUAAUCGGCGGUAUCACUCUUCCAUCUCAAAGUAGUAAUGAUAAACGAAGAGGAUCCGGUAUGUCAAAUAGUUCAGCAUCUCUCCAUAUCCAUGAAACGCGAAUGACGUUCGAAGCAAUGGUCAACGAUCAGGCUGAUUGCGAAAUUUUUGUUUAA